AUGUCAUCUUUACUUAAUGAUGAGUAUUUUUGUAGUAAUCAUGUCGAAGAUGCUGGAAAGAUUGUAUUUGAAAAUAAAAUUGGUCUUGAAAGUAAAAACAAACUUGUAAAUAUUUUGAUGAAAGCAUUUAAGGAAAUUACAAAUGAAAAAGAAGAAUUUUUCAAUUUGCUAGUUCCAUAUUUUAAAAAAGAAGAAGUACAAAGGGACUCACAAUUGUGGUCAAAAGGUGAUGAUCCAAAUUGUAUAUAUGUAAUGGAGCAAGGACAAUUGAGCACAUGGAUUUCAGCAGAAAACAACAAAAAAAAUGUAAUUGAGAGAAUUCUGCCACUUACCAUGAUAGGUGAAUUAGGAUUUUUCACUGAUAAUCAACGACGAACAAAUUUGGUGACAGAUACUCUAUGUGUUCUAUGGAAAAUGGAUCAAGCUUCUUAUUUAAGUAUGAUGAAAUCCAAUCCCGUUUUAGGAGCCAUUUUUAUGAAAUUGGUAAUGAAAUUCACUGUAGAAAGGUUACGCAAGUUGGAUCGUUAUGCCUUUGAUUAA